AUGUCUUCUUUUUCUGAGUCUGCGUUGGAGAAGAAGCUUUCGGAGCUCAGCAACUCUCAGCAAAGCGUACAGACGCUGUCUCUGUGGAUCAUUCAUCAUCGCAAACACUCGCCGCUCAUCGUCAAAGUAUGGCACAGAGAACUGAAGAAAGCAAAAAGCAGCAGGAAGUUGACUUUCCUGUAUCUUGCCAAUGACGUGAUUCAAAACAGCAAGAAGAAAGGUCCAGAGUUCGCCAAAGACUUUGAGACAGUCCUUGUUGACGCUUGCUCUCAUGUUGCAAGAGAGGCAGAUGAUGGCUGUAGAAGGCCCAUCGACAGGCUGCUCACUAUCUGGCAGGAGCGCAGCCUCUACAAGGCAGAGUUCAUCCAGCAGCUGAAGCUCGCUAUCGAAGACUCAAACAGCCCCCAACACCAACCCACAGAGGAGAAGAAGGCCCCUAAACGGACCUAUCAGAAGAUGAUCCAAGAGCCGGAGGAAGAGGAAGAAGAUGACUACAGGGGCAACAUGUCCCCACAGAAUUCAGACUUCUCAGGGCCACAGCUGACGGAGGAGCUGGUCAAAGCCCUGCAGGACCUGGAGAAUGCAGCCUCGGGUGAUGCUGCGGUGCGCCAGAAGAUUGCCUCUCUGCCACAGGAGGUGCAGGAUGUGUCCCUGCUGGAGAAGAUCACAGAUAAAGAGGCAGCUGAUAAACUGUCCAAGACAGUGGAUGAGGCCUGUCUACUGCUGGCUGAGUAUAACGGACGUCUGGCUGCUGAGCUGGAGGACAGGAGGCAGCUGGCGCGCAUGCUGACAGAGUACAUCGGUAGCCAGAAGGAAGCCCUCACAGAGAGGGAGAAGAAACUAGAAGAGUACAAACAGAAGCUGGCACGAGUCACGCAGGUGCGCAAGGAGCUCAAGUCUCACAUCCAGAGCCUGCCUGACCUCUCUCUGCUGCCCAAUGUGACGGGAGGCCUGGCCCCUCUACCCUCUGCUGGAGACCUGUUCUCCACCGACUGAGCUUCCUGCUCCCUGUCACACCCUGCCUCUCGCCAGGGCACACACUCCCUGUCGAACCCGCUCACUAGCUACUGAACCCUAGGGAGAGACUGAGAGGGACAUUGUAAGCUUGGGGACAUCCCUGGUGGGAGAGACGAUGGUUGUUGAAGAUUCCGUUCCACCAGCUUGGACAAAUCUCCUUUACAUUUUUAUUCUGAACGCCAGUCAAACACUAGCUAACUGAUUCUGUGUUGAAGAGAAAUGUUGAGUCAUUAGCCAAUCCCCAUUUUUGUGUUCAUAUGGUGAGAUGGUGGCUCGCACACGCACUAGAUCACGUGUCAAACUUAUUCCACGGAGGGUCAACUGUCUGUGGGUUUUCACUCCUCCCUUGUACUUGAUUGAUGAAAUAAGGUCACUAAUUAGUAAAGAAAUCCACUCACCUUGUUUCUGUGUCUUAGGGGAAAGUAAAAACCCUCCAUGGAAUGAGUUUGACACCCCUGCACUAGAUCGUUGUGACAGCUUUGUGAAGAGACACAUCACAUUUAUUUUAACGGCUUUAAGUUGGUUGCUUUUUAAUGUUGAUGAAAUUUCAGGUGAUUUUUGUUAGGGUGUAUGUAGGGAGGGGCCUGUUUUUCCAUGUAGGUUGUCAUUAUUUACCAUUCUCUGUAAUUCCAGUUCAACACACAACAAUAUCCUUACCUUCAGGUUUGUCAUACAUAGCACUGAGUGGCCAAUCAUCGGUCAAUAACAUUUCAUCCAUGUAGUGGUGUUUCUCAAUCCAUUGUGAAAUAGUUUAGCCCUCAGACAAGUGACUGAUUGAAGUUAUUUGAGCAAACUUGGGGCAGAUUGAGAUGCUCACUGUCUUUGCUGAGCUCUGCUGAUGUCAUCCUUUGUCACAGAUGAUUGUAUCACUUGGUACAAAUGUCAAACUAAGAGGCUUUUCAGGACUGGGCCCGGCCACUACUUAUUCAGCAUUAUUCAGACUUUUUUGAAGAAUAGCAGAAAGUUAACAUGGUUCGUUCUGUCACUAGUUUGGAUUAUGUGCACAGACCUGAGAGAUAAGUGUUUCCCCAUGUUGAAGAAUAGUAAUACGACAUCUGCCCAUGGAAAUGUUGCUUUACUACAGAUGGUAGACCUGUGUGGCAUGUAUUUCUCUCUGCCGAUGCUUUACUACAGAUGGUAGACCUGUGUGGCAUGUAUUUCUCUCUGCCGAUGCUUUACUGCAGCAGUAAUUUCACUGAUAAAAUAAUUCCAUGGAUAGAAAUAAAAUGGAACCAUUAGGAAAGAGCUGUGCUGACUGGUUUAUACUCUGAGUAAUGUGACAUUGAUACGCUGGACCUGUUCAUGUUUUGGGGUGGACGUUUGGAAUCUAUCGACUUUCACCAGCGUCUUCCGACAGGUGGCGUCACUCAUCCAUGAAGACGAUGGACUUUCACAGCGUUCACGAAAAGAAAAUAUAUAUCUAUACUGAACAACAAUAUAAAUACAACAUGUAAAGUGUUGGUCCCAUGUUUCAUGAGCUGAAAUAAAAGAUCCCAGAAAUUUUC